AUGGGCCAAAAGUCUUCCAUGGGAUGUGCUCGCUCCACGCGAUCGGCGGACACCUACGCUCCGGAAGUGGCGGAGGUGGCCGUCAGCGCCCGCCUCACCGGCUCCAGCCGCUCCAGCCGAGGCGCAAAGGCCACGGCGGCCACAGCCAAGGAGGAAGCCACUGAACGGCGGAGGGGUGAGCAGCGGAAGCCCCGCGUGGAUUGUUGGCGUGGCGACCGCAAACCUUUGGUGCGUGAUGACGAGGCGCCAGGUGCAGCUCCAGGGGCUCCAGCUCCAGCUGCACAACGGCCACAGUCGGUUGCGGCACCGCGGAGGAGCACCGGAGCCGAUGCACCGCGGAGCGGCGUUCCAGCAACCCUUUCGGUCACCCCACAGCCUGGUACCGGACGUGGCUCGACCCCCGUGCCGGCGCGGCGCAGCUCCACAAGCGUUCCAGCACCAAAGAAGGACUCGAACCCAGCGAAGCGAAGCUCCAAAGGCAAGGGAAAAGGCGAAAAAGGUUUGCCAGCAAAAGCGAUAGAUCUGGACGAGCACGAAAAAGCGCUGCUCAAUGAAGUUUUAGAUGCAUCCCCUGGUGUGUCCUGGGAUGCCAUUGCUGGAUUGGAGGAGGUGAAGCGUCUCUUUUGGGAGAUCGUGGUGGCUCCAGUCAAGAACCCGUUGCUCUUUUCGGGUGUUCGCAGCCCCCCACGCGGCGUCCUACUUUUUGGGCCACCUGGCAAUGGCAAGACCAUGUUGGCCAAGGCUGUGGCCAGCGAAUGCAAUGCGACCUUCUUUAGCAUCUCAGCCUCAUCCUUGGUGUCCAAAUGGGUGGGCGACUCGGAAAAACACAUGCGGGCCCUGUUCAGUGUGGCGGGGAAGAUGCAGCCCUCAGUGAUUUUUAUGGACGAAAUCGACUCCAUGCUCACCAGCCGUUCCAGCGGGGAGCAUGAGGCCGCCCGACGCCUGAAGACGGAAUUCCUAGUGCAGCUGGAUGGCGCCGGAACCAGCGAGAGCACGAGGAUUUUGCUCCUGGGCGCGACCAACAGGCCAGGCGAGCUGGACGAUGCCGUGCUACGGCGCCUGCCGCGUCGGAUCCUCAUUCCACUGCCGGAUGGGGCCACGCGAGGACUGCUGGUGAGCAAAGAGCUACAAGGGACAAGACAUUCCUUGAGCACCGCUGACUUCACCAGGCUGGCCAGCAUGACGGAUGGCUAUUCCUGUUCGGACCUGGCGGCUUUGACACGCGAAGCAGCCAUGGGCCCAGUGCGGAAUUUGCGGCCGGAAGCACUGGUUUCGGCCACGCCAGAGGGUGUACGUGCAAUCACGUUAGCUGAUUUCAGGGAGGCAAUCCAAAAGGUGCGCCCCAGCGUGUCCAAAGAGGUUCUGUCGGAGUUUGAAAGGUGGAAUCGCGCCUAUGGAAGUGUGCAUGGUCGACUCCUGCGCAAAGAAUCGACUGAAUCGACGCGUAUCGGCGAUGAGCCAGUGCCUCUCAAAGUUUUAUGCAGGGCGUCACCUCACAAGGUGGAACGUCUUGAGCGUUGGGGACUCUGCCUCAUGGCAGCCGAAAUUGAAUUGGAAGCUUUGAAGAGUUUGCUGGGCAGCAAGUGGCGCUCUCCGUUAUGCAAAACGGUGAAAUUCGAUGCGCGACCAACGUUGACCCAGCUCACAGCCCAAUUGAAGAGCGUGACCCCGAACUUGGCAGCCAUGAUGGCAAGCAGCAAGAGCUUCCACAUCACCAGCAACAGCAAGUGGCCUUAA